GCUAUUUUAAUCGAAUCCUGUCGGGUGCCCGAUUAUUCUCUCGUUGUUUUGGAGCGUUUGUUGCGGACGACGACGGAGAGCCCAUCUGCUCCGAUCCGAUUCAACAAAGCGCUACUAGACUAUUGCCUUUCCCCAAUCUCUCUCUUUCUAGGUCUAGCUAUUAUCUGUAUCGAUAGUCUGUUGCUUUGCUCGUUUGAGCCAUUUUCCUCUCCAGCCGCUUCUGAUCUGAGCUUGUUGGCACGGCCGGGUUUGAUUUCGUUCUUUGGUUUCUUGCGGGCGUGUGCGUGUAUCACCAGGCCACCAGAUCUCUCGCUCGCAAGACGCCGGAAUCCAGGCAGAUAGAUACACGGCGCCGCCUGCCUGCCAUGUCGUCGCCUCUCUCUGACUCGGACUGGUCGUCGGUCACCUGAGAGCUAGUAGAGUCCAACGACGGACGGAGGAAGCUGCCAGUCACGCAGCCGCCUCCGCCUGCUGUGAUCGACCGAGUGCGCCAAAGGAGGAGCUAGCUGCGGCGGCCGGUCCGCGCGUGUUUUCUUUCCUUCCGAGAGAUGGCGGCCGCCUCGUCCGCGCCCUUCUUUGGGCUCGCCGACACGCAGAUGCAGCCACAGGCCGGUUCCUCCUCUCUGCAGCAAAACUCCACUGCCGCUCCCGAUGUCGCGGCGCCGCCGCCCAAGAAGAAGAGGAACCAGCCAGGCAACCCAAAUCCUGACGCGGAGGUGAUCGCGCUGUCGCCGCGGACGCUGCUGGCGACGAACCGGUUCGUGUGCGAGGUGUGCAACAAGGGGUUCCAGCGGGAGCAGAACCUGCAGCUGCACCGGCGGGGCCACAACCUGCCGUGGAAGCUGAAGCAGAAGAACCCCAAGGACGUGCGGCGGCGGGUGUACCUGUGCCCGGAGCCGACGUGCGUGCACCACGACCCGUCCCGGGCGCUGGGCGACCUCACGGGGAUCAAGAAGCACUACUGCCGCAAGCACGGCGAGAAGAAGUGGAAGUGCGACAAGUGCAACAAGCGCUACGCCGUGCAGUCCGACUGGAAGGCGCACUCCAAGACCUGCGGCACCCGCGAGUACCGCUGCGACUGCGGCACCCUCUUCUCCAGGAGGGACAGCUUCAUCACCCACCGCGCCUUCUGCGACGCGCUGGCUCGUGAGAGCGCGCAGAUGCCGCCCCUGGGCGCCGGCCUCUACGCCGGCCCCGGCAGCAUGAGCCUCGGGCUCUCCGGCACCGUCGCCCAGAUGCAUGGCUUUGCAGACCAAGCCGGCCAGUCCUCUUCAGCUGCAGCCGCGCAGUUUGACCACAUCAUGCCAUCGUCCUCGGGCUCCAGCUCCAUGUUCCGCUCUCAGGCGUCGGCCUCCUCGCCAUCCUACUUCCUCGGCGGCGGCGCUCCUCCUGCCGCCCAGGAUUUCUCCGAGGACGGCUCCCAAGGCAGCCAGGGCCCUCUGCUGCACGGCAAGGCGCCCUUCCAUGGCCUAAUGCAACUUCCCGAGCAGCACCACCAGCCGGGGCCGGGCAGCAGCAACGCCGCCGUCGCCAACGGUAACAACAGCCUCCUGAACCUUGGGUUCUUCUCAGCUGGCAACAAUGGUGGCACGUCCGGCAGCCAGGACGCGCGCCUUGUCAUCCAAGACCAGUUCAACGUCACCGGCGGCGGCGGUGGAAGCGCAGAGCAUGGCAACAACUUGAUGGCGUCCCUCGGAAGCCACCUCGGCGGAGGCUUCCCUUCCCUGUACAACAACUCAUCGCCAUCGGCCGGGCUGGCCCAGAACUCGGCCACGGCGCUCCUGAUGAAGGCGGCUCAGAUGGGCUCGACGUCGAGCACCGCCCACAACAACGGCACUACUAGCACGCUGUUCCGUGCUGUAAGCUUCAGCGCCGCCGCCGCCGCCGCCGCAAGUGGACAGGGGACAAGCAGGGCCGCAGGAGAAGGGACGACGACGUCUCACGAGGCACACUUCCAUGAGCUCAUCAUGAACUCUCUGGCUGGCGGCGGCGGCGCCGCCGGCACCGGCGGCUUCUCCGGCGCUACUGCAGGGUUCGGGGGCGUGGACGACGGCAAGCUGAGCACAAGAGACUUCCUCGGCGUCGGCAGGGGCGCCAUGGCGCCGCCCGGGCUCCACAUCGGCGCCCUGGACCCGGCUCAGAUGAAGUGAUGGAUCAUGCAUGGAAUAAUGAAGAGCAACAAUGCAAGACAACAACAAGAAAAUGCAAGAAGGUCAAUAAACAGACGAUGAUCAUCAUGCACGUGAAGGCUAGCUUUCCCGCGCAUGCAUGGAACGGUAAGCUAGUGUGGGCCGAUCUCAGGGAGAUCGAGUAAAACUGUUAAACUAGUUUCGUUUUCGUUAAUUUCCGUGUUCAUAUGCUGCUGGUGGCUGCAUGCAACUUGUUGGUUUUCGUCAUUUCCGUACAUUUUUGUGGUGUUUUUCAAAGUGUUUAGACACUAUUUUAAAUUUGGCUGGCGAUGGUGGUCUCUCCCCUGAUGGCACAAGCUCAUCAUGUGGAGGCCGGGCCAGAGACCAGAAUCUAAGCAGGAUGCUUUGGACGUUUA